CUUUUUCACGAUCAUCUCGUAGCUGCAGUGAAAUUCUAAUGUAUGGUCCGGUUCCGAACUUGGGUCACUUAGCAGAGAAACAAUUGGUACAUUUGAUUUUACUACGCCAUAAAUCCACAAAACCAGUCAAUAAAUUCGCCACCUUCGUCGGGUUUCUUCCUCUUCCCCUCUUCUACCAAUGAAAUCAGCGAACAUUUGAGGAUAAAAUAACUUUUUCUCCUCUUCAACACUCUUCCAAGAACCAAAAAGCUUUAUUUUAAGGUGAACUUAACAUGUCUCUCCGCCAUCCAUUCCCACUUCUUUUAGGAAAGUACUAGGAAAAAUGGUCUUUUGCUGUGUAACAAGCUAACAUUUGUGAUUCCCAAUCAGUUAAAGGGCUUAUAAAGCUGCAGAUGUUCAUCUCAUAUGGUUUCUGAUCUUUCUUCUCCGUAUGGGUUCUGGUUAUCUGGCUUCAUCCCUCUUUCUCGUUCUGUUCUUCAAAUGCUUGGCUUUUCAGCAGCCUAACAGUGAUGGAUUUUUCCUUGCUGAUUUCCUUAAAAAAAUGGGAGCUAAGCUUCCCUCAACCACCUCUUCUUCCGUUUGCUCUUGGAGCGGAGUUUCCUGUGAUUCCAAUGGAGAGUAUGUGAUAGGUUUCGUGGCUUCUGAUCUUGGACUCUCUGGCUCUAUCCCUGAAAACACCAUUGGAAAGCUCAGCAAGCUUCAAGCUUUAGAUCUCAGCAUCAACAAUAUUACCAAGUUAUCUUCAGAUCUAUGGGGACUUGGCAGCUCUCUGAAAAGCCUCAACCUUUCAAUGAACAGAAUUCAGGAUUCUCUUCUAAACAACAUUGGCAACUUUGGCAACCUGGAAAGCCUCGAUCUUUCGCAAAAUGAUUUCUUCGGAGAAAUUCCUGCAGGCAUUAGCUCUAUGACGAACUUGAGGUUCCUCAAUGUCAGCAGAAAUGCUUUUGGGGGGAAGAUACCAGAGGGAAUUGCUGAUUGCAAAUAUCUAGUCACAUUAGAUCUAUCUGUUAAUAAGCUCAGUGGGAGCUUACCUGCCGCAUUCAAAAAUCUAAGCUUUCUGGAUCUUUCUAGGAAUCAAAUUCAAGGAGCCAUGCCUGAUUUGUCAGGUUUCAAAUCCAUUCACCAUCUCAAUGUUUCUAACAAUUUGCUUCAAGAUUCGAUCACUCUUGUAUUUCAGGCGACAUUAGAGGUAUUAGACUUGAGCAAUAACCAGUUUUCUCAGGUUAAUCUUGGUUCCAGUUUCAAUUUUUCUUCCUUGGUUUAUCUUGACAUUUCCGGGAACAAUCUAAACGGAGAUCUUUCUAGUAUCUUACGCCAGGCUUCGUUGCUUAAGCAUUUGAACUUUGCUAACAAUAGAUUUUCUCAACAAAAAUUUCCUCAAAUACAUGACUUUUAUAUGCUAGAAUACCUCAACUUGUCUGAAACCAAUCUAACAGGAAAUUGUCCUUCUGAAAUAUCCCAAUUGGUUGGUUUGAAAACACUAGACAUUUCUCAUAACCAGCUAAGUGGCAAAGUUCCAAAUUUGAUGAUGGUUAACCUUACAAUUUUAGACAUCUCCUCAAACAAUCUCACAGGUGAAAUCCCUUCACAGCUUCUCGAAAAGCUGCCACGUAUGGAGCUGUUCAACUUCUCCAACAACAACCUCACCUUCUGUGCGAAGAAAUUUUUGCUCGAAAGAUUCAACUCUUCCUUUAUUGGAUCACAGAACAGCUGCCCACUGGCAGCAAACCCUGAUGCCAUUUCAUCUAUCAAUGUUAAGCACAAGAGAAAGAGCACAAGAUCAUGGGCAGUAAAGCAGCUAUCUUACAAAGAAGAACAAAAUGUUGAAGGCCCUUAUUCGUUUCGAACUGAUUCAACAGCAUGGGUUGCUGAUGUCAGGGUAGCCACUUCAGUACCAGUGGUCAUGUUUGAGAAGCCAUUGUUGAACUUCACCUUUGCUGACCUAUUAGCUUCAACAAGCAAUUUUGAUAGGGGGACACUCUUAUCAGAAGGGAGCCUUGGGCCAGUCUAUAGAGGCAUUCUACCUGGAGGAAUUCAAGUUGCCCUGAAGGUUUUGGUUAAUGGAGCUGCAUUGACUGAUCAAGAUGUUGCCAAGGAGCUGGAGAGACUUGGAAGAAUAAAACAUCCCAACAUAGUCCCAUUGACAGGUUACUGCUUAGCUGGUGAUCAGAGAAUUGCUAUAUACGAAUAUAUGGAAAAUGGAAAUCUUCAAAAUCUUUUGCAUGAUUUGCCAUUGGGAGUACAGACUGCAGAAGACUGGAGUACCGAUACUUGGGAGAACGAGACUAGCAGUGUUCAAAACAUCACUACCGAAGGUGUGACAACUUGGAGAUUUAGACACAGAAUUGCGCUUGGCGUGGCUCGAGCAUUGGCAUUUCUGCAUCAUGGUUGCUUCCCUCAGGUAGUGCACAGAGAUGUAAAGGCAAGUAACAUCUACCUUGAUUCAAACUUGGAGCCCAGGCUUUCACAUUUUGGAUUGGAGAAGGUUGUGGGGAAUGAUUUGGAUGAAAUCUCUGGAGGAUCACCUGGAUAUGUUCCUCCAGAGUUAUCUGAUCCAGAGAAUGCCUCCUCUUCUGCUGCUACUCCAAAGAUUGAUGUGUUUGGUUUUGGUGUUGUGCUGUUUGAGCUUAUUACAGGAAGAAAACCGGUUGGCGAGACUAGUCUGGUAGACUGGGCUCGAGCGCUGGUGAAGAAGAGCCAAUGCUCGCUGGCAAUCGAUCCUAAGAUUAGGGAGACUGGACCAGAGAAGCAAAUGGAAGAAGCUCUUAGAAUUGCUUACUUGUGCACUGCUGACUUGCCUUCCAAGAGGCCAUCAAUGCAGCAAAUUGUGGGUCUUUUGAAGGACAUGGAGCCUGUAGCCAGAGAUUAGAGUGACAAGGGACAGUCAGAUAAGGAGCUGUAAAUUUCUUAGUUCAUUAAUCUAAUUCUAGUAUUGACUACGAAUACUACAAUUAAGAUAUUUCUGAGAAGAGUUCUGUAAUUUUUCUAAUUGUAGACAUAUCUCUGCUAGUAUUAUAAUGUGUUUUUGACCCUUUAUAAUGCAUUAGCCUUU